ACUUCAUCAACUCAUGAACCUAUACUCUUACUCUUUCAGAAAUAUAAAGACUGGCUAUCUUCUUCUUCCUGUCAUUUUCCCAGUUUUUCAACUCUGUUUACAUUUCAAAAUCAAAAAGAAAAUCCUCUAUAUCCUCAUCUUCAUGUCUAUAAUAAAACAGUUUGGUAG